UAGCUCUGGAGGACUGGACUUGAGCGCCCCUGAUGUAGAGCAUCUCCACCCUGCAUGUGCUGCAUGUUACUUCUGCUUUUGAUGUUGUCUUUUCACAUUCCAGGUUUAAUCAAAUGUAUGUAGUUGGAGAGCAAUUUUGCAGUUACAUUCUGAAUCUCACUUUUUCUUUUAACCCUCUGCAAAUUAAGCAGAUUUUGUGGAUAAGGGAGCAGGAUCUUAAUAUAGCUCCUGCUUUUUGUCAAACAGGAGACUUUUUCCCUCCACAUAUCCACCAACAUCUUCUUCUUCAGCAAUAGCUGAUUUCUUCUGAUUAUCUAUAGGAGAUUAAAAAUCCUCACAGUGAUGCGCCCCCCGGGACCGGCUCUCAAAGCUGGACAGUCCCGGACUUCAGCUGGAUGAAGACCAAAGAGAGGCUGCAGGGGGGACCUCAGAUGUUUGCUGUCAAGAAUAAUGUGUGUGCUCGCUGCUGUGAGCUGGAGAGGAGCAAAGAAAAAGCUGAACCAGCGGAGGAGAGCUGUUCAGGUCGCCUGUCCACAAGAGAAGCUGGGCCGUGCCUUUUUUGCCAUCAGAGAAGUGAAGCACAAGAGGGCAAGAAUUUUUCACAUCCCAGAGCUCUUAAUGCAGGGUCCGGUCUCCAUGGAGACCCUGUCUGCAAGAUAAAGACGUCAUCAGUCACAGGCUUUCUGAGAUCUUCUCCACUGAGCGAGACGAGUCUUCCUGCAGAAUCAUCCACCACUCAAGUGCCAUUAAGAUUGCAGAUCAAAGUAUCUGGCCAAAGUGGUCGUUUGGGGAUCAGCAUCGCUGGUGGAAAAGGUUCUCUGCCUUAUAAAGAUCAAGAUGAAGGCAUUUUUAUUUCCAGAGUAGCUCAAGGAGGGCCAUCCGAAAAGGCUGGGAUCCAUGUUGGAGACAGAGUACUUGAGGUCAACGGCGUCAGCAUGCAGGGUGCAACCCACCACGAAGCAGUCGCUGCCCUCAGGAAUGCCGGGUGCUGCAUUAAGCUGAAGGUGCUCAGAGAAAGGCUGCCACCCUCAGACAAUUACGUCCCGACCGUGCCUCAGGAUCCACUGAACCUGGCGGGUCAGCCGGUGUGCCAGAUGAGCAAACCGUCCCAGCUGGAGGAGUCAGAAAAAUGUUUGCCCAAGAAGAUUGAGGCUGUUGUCUGCAAUGGGAACAGUGCUUGUGAUUUUGACAGUGAUCUGAACAAAACCCUGUCUGAAAUCGAAGCAGAGGAAUUAAAAUUGGACUCACUCAAAGAGAUGAAUCACAUAAUGUCCAUCCCCCGGAUUAUACUCACUCACCCCUCUACCUCAGAUGAAGAUGUUGAGCUCUUGUCACAAAUUCCCAGAAGACAGUGGCUUCGUGACUGACAAGCAGACCAAUAUGGGCACUCUGGAUGUUAUGAUGGUGCUUUUUCCUCAUUUGGAGCCCAUUUCAGAGCUUUGUGGAUGCAGUACAGGGACCACUGGUGGUUCCUUUUUUUUCAGGGAUAUACAUUGAAGCGUAGGAGUUUACAUUUGCUCCUCAUGGGCUUGUUAACCAUAUUAAUUUUAGGAUUUUAAGUUUUUACUUCAGAUAUUUUAAAACAUGUGGACUGAUAAUACAAGAUACAAAUUAAUAGAUUUUAGAAACAAGAAUCUGAUGCAAAAAUGUAUAUUUAUAGCAGAUUUUCUCUGAUGCAGGUUCAAUUAUAACACAUUCCAAUUAAUAUUUAGAUAAAUGUUCCUCAACCAACACCCACUAUGAAGCCUUUUUUUGUUUCCUGCCACAGUUAAGACUUUUAUCCACUACAUAAACUUAUUGCUACCAGAUAAACCCCAAAUAGAUGCAAUAAAGGUUAUUUCUAUUCUAACUGUGCCCAAAUUUCAAUGCUCUAGUUGAUAAGUUGAGAUUAUGAUAAUGAAUCUGGACAUUGUGCUAUUUCUGAAUUAACCCCCCCAUUAACAUUGAAACAGAAUCUUAGCAUAGUACUGCCACCACCAGGCUAGGCAGCUAGCAUGUGUAAAAGUAUUAGCUUCAUUCCACUUGCUAUAAUUUUUGUCAUCUCUGCCAAAAAGCUUAAUCUUUGGUCUUAUUUGACCAAAAUUGUCAAAUAACAGAAGGAAUGUGUCUAUACAAUUCAGCUUGUUUGUACAAAUUUGAUCCUGUGUUUAGGAGGGAAUAUUGGCAAUAAAUUUAAAUAUUUAUUUAAAAAAAUUUUUUAUUAGUUUGUAUGUUGUAUCAUUAUUUAAAAACUUCAUAGGAUGCACCAAAAGCCUGAAAAAAGCUCCAAGUCCACUUAACACUCAUGGUGAUUCUUAGCAUACUUAAACUUAAGACCAACAGUGUUGCUACUGAGGAUUAUUGUAAAACCAGUGGAAUGUAUUUUCAGUGCCAACCAUAAUUACUGCAUUUAGAGUUAAAUUUAAGUCUUUUGUAAACUGACGAAAACUUUUUUUUUAAUAGAGCCAAUUUGUGAAAGUGAAAACACUUGUUUUGUUUGUCAAAACCAUUAAGCAAUGACUGAUGUUUGCCAUCUCUGUGUCACAGCGCUCUGCAAGAUUUAGAUACCUCACACUUACAUACGUGUUUCUACCCUUGACAGUGUGAAGCCUUUGACUUUUUUUGGUCUGUGCUGAGAUGAAAUGACUCAUUGUUAAACAGAUUGCACAGCAGGAAAUCUGGUCUCACUGAGGCACUAUUUUAUGUCUUCACAUUAAAGAUAAAUGAUGUCACAUGAGAAUAAACACAAUGCAGAAGAAGAUAAUAAAACAGCUUUUUAUUCACUUCUGAAGACAAGGAUAUGUAAAUUGUAAAUGUGGUUUAUACUUAACUUUCCUGUAUGUUACAUAUUUUAU